CUUUUUUUUUUUUUGUCCUCAUUGCUCAUCUGAUCCUUUUUUAACUUGUCCAACAACCUUGCUCGCUAGUCAACCUUUGUACACUACUCAGUAAGAAUGGCUGGCACAACACAGUCGCCGUUGGCUAUGCUGAUGCUAGUCACCCCAUAUACUAUCCUCUAUCUAGUGAAUCAGUUGCUUCUCCAUGGCGUCUUAGAUAGAAUGCAUUAUAUCUUUUUCGAGCUUAUCUUUGUACUGGCAUUUCGCAAAGUCUUUGGACUCCCCGAUCUUAGCGAACGAUUGUUCCCAGCACAUGUACCUGUCCAGUCUACAGAAACUGUUCGUCUAAAGACAUCCAUUGCCAACAAUACCACCACAAAUUCAGGAACAACCAUCAAAAAGAAAGUGAAGGUCGGCCGUAAGUCAAUGUCAACAACAAUAACAAGGAAACCUAAAGAACAGCCCUAUGCCGACAAACUGGCCGCCAUGGAAAAGAAAUUCAUGGACUAUGUGGAAAACACAGAGAUUUGGGAAAAGGUCCAUGAGGAAACUUCACCAGGUCUGAUUGAAGUGUACCAGUACAAAGCUCGUCCGAUGUGUUACAAGAUCAUUGCAGUCAUGGACAAUGCCGUGGGCGUGACAUUUGAUCUGCUUACUGAUAUUGAUCAGCGUCUGACAUGGGACCCACUUUGCGUUGAGGCAAAGACUAUCGCUAAUGUCUCACCCGGUGUGAAAAUUCAAUAUGUGCGAACCAAAGGAAUGUGGCCAACGACUUCAAGAGAUACGCUUGUGCUGGGUACUAUCAAGAAGUUAAGAGAAGGAACGUUCUUCAGCGUAACAUCUUCUGUGGAGCAUCCUCUUAUGCCUGAGAGAACCAAAGAAAAGUUUGUCCGUAUGGAGACUGCAGUUGCCGGCCAGAUUGUUGGACCAGAGCCAGGACAUCCCGAAAAAUGUCGGUUGGUGCAGAUACUCGACGCAGAUUUGAAAGGCUGGAUUCCAGAGAAGGUCAUUCAGCUAGUCUCUACAAAGUCUAUACCUCAAGGGAUACAUAAAAUCAAUAGGAUAUUACUCAAUCUUCAGCCCUAUUCGGAAUCUAAGUCAUUACAGCGGGUUCUUGAACUCAAGGCAGCUGAAGAAGUACAGGAUGAUACCAAUGAUGAAAAGGCAGUAGGAGAUAGCUUUUCACAUGAGCUCAAGGUCAAACACAACUCUGCAUUGAUGACUGCUGCAUCAAAGUUACCAGAUCACUCUGUGGUGCAUGACAACGAAAGUUUAUUUGAUAGAGGCACAGUCGAGAAGAAACAACGAAAUUCGUUCCGAGCCUUUUGGCAUGGCAUCAAGCAUAGCCUAGCCUAUGGUGGCGCUCCUAGCAAAACAAACAAAAUUUUAGUGACGGCAUUCGUUAUCGCGAUCCUCGGGCCGGCUCUUGCGCGGUUCAGACGACGUCGUUAGAUAUUCUAGGAAUUAAACUAAAAAUACAUACAUACUAUCAUUUGACAGGUUUGUCACCAGCCUAAAUGAUGAAAUUCAUGUACCUGUCUUGCUCUUCUCUUUCAGGGACCGCGUAGGACCUGACUUUCAUUCGUGAAAUAAAUAUUCCCGAUU